CAAACCAAUUGAACGAAUAAGCGCCAUAUUUACUUCCUCAAGACAUUUUUUCCGAACAACACGGUUGAGAGAUGUCUGUUGAACCUACAUUUCAGUCCCCAGCUAGUCAGUCCCCUGGGGCAGGGUCGGUGGCGGUCAGCGGAGAAGCCGCCCAGAUGCUGACACAGUUCUGGCCAAAAGCCAUGCAGGACAUCCGCAAUCUGAAAAUGGAUGACUUUAAGCAACAAGAACUUCCUCUCGCAAGAAUUAAGAAGAUAAUGAAACUGGACGAGGAUGUUAAGAUGAUCAGUGCAGAAGCCCCGGUACUUUUUGCCAAGGCAGCAGAAAUAUUCAUCAGUGAAUUGUCAUUACGAGCGUGGAUCCACACAGAGGACAACAAGAGAAGGACACUUCAGAGGAAUGACAUCGCCAUGGCAAUAACCAAAUUUGACCAGUUUGAUUUCCUGAUCGACAUUGUACCAAGGGAUGAACUGAAACCAGCCAAACGUCCGGAGGAAAGUGGGAGGGCAUCGUCAGGGCUACCAGACCAGAUCCAGUACUAUUUACAGUUGGCACAGCAACAGGCCCAGCAACAACAGCAGCAGCAGCAACAACAACAACAGCAGCAGCAGCAGCAGCAGCAGGCACAGCAACAAGCACAACAACAGGCACAGCAACAAGCACAACAACAGGCACAGCAACAACAGGCAACGACACAAGUCCAGGCCACUGCUGUUGUUCAGCAACAACCCCAAGCCACCCAGAUCCAACUACCAGGAAAUCAGCUUCUGCAACAACAGUUCCAAGUACAAGCAGGUCAAAUACAGGCGGGACAAGUUCAGGCGCAGACUGCUUUACAGGGAGCCACAGUAGUCUCCAGCACACCACAGCCCCAGGUGAUACAAAUCCAGGCUCCGCCCCAGGUCCAGCAGGUGGCACAGGUCCAGGUGCCAUCUUCUACAGCUGCCACCCCAGUCCCACAGACACUGCAGCAGGUGCAAAUCCAGCAACCACAGCAACAGACACAGGUGUACCAACAGGUGAUCACCUCUUCGGGGGAGGUCCAGAACAUACCUAUUCAACUGACCCCGCAACAACUACAGGCCAUACAGAUGCAGCUCCAGGGUAAACAAUCCAACCAGCCAAUCAUAAUCCAGCAGGCAGCCCAGCCAGCCAUUCAAAAUGUGCAGACCAUCUCACAAGCCGACCAAUCACAGUUCAAUGCACAACAAGUGUACCAGAUCCAACAACUAGCAGGAGGACAACAGCAGGUCUACAUACAUCAGGUCGCAGGCGCAGACGGUGACCAAGGUGACGGUUCUCAAGAGGCUGCGUAACUAGGACAGAUCGUAAACAGAAAUGUGACGUGUUGUCAUGUGUGACCUGUUCAGCAAUGUGCCAGUAUCAACUUGUGAAAGUAUGGUUAUUGUUCCAAAGAGAUCUCAUCUUACAGUCGGCGAUGUUGGUUCUGGUCGGUGGGCAAGAAUCCCCGAUUACUAGACCGACUAGUGAUAUAGCUUGGCAUGACAUUCUUGGGACAAAAGCUCCGGUUUUUGUGCCAAUAUUGCAAGUGAAAGUUUCUGAUUGGACGCUGGUACAAUAUCCAGGCAACAAGAUUGAUUUGCCAAUCACUUGUGACACAAUCCUGAAAGUUCAAGACAAUCUCAAUUGUAUGUGAAAAGUGUCGAGGCAGGGACACUUUUGUGUGAUGCUAACACAAUAAAAACAGCCUAUUACCAUCUGUAUCAAACUUAAAAAGAUCUGAUACACAUUUCUUUUUAUUCACGGAUAAUUUCAUCAUGAUAUGAUUUGUUAGAACUGUCCUUACCAUUGUUAUGUAUAGUACUGAAAGUUUGCAGUAUACAGAUUGAAUUUAUAUUAGCAAAUAGAAUUUACUUUCUUGUCAAAUAUGAAAUGUUUUUGCAAUUAUCAAUUUGAAAUACAAUGAAAGUUCCCUUGGCAUCUCCUUGUGCCUAGCGCACAGUGUGUAUUAAAUAUUCAUAUAUAUAUAGGAUCUUGCAUGAGUUUCCAUUACAUGUGAGAUUUAUGAAACGAGUCUAAGAAUUUUUCAGAGGCUCGCUAAAAUGAAAAAUUCGUGACGAGUUUCAUA